UACGUCUUUGUGGAGCAGGUGCGCUGAGCUUACUUGUAUUUGUGCCUCAGUUGUGCUUAUUUGUUAGCGGACAUACAUGUACAGUAUGCUUGAAAGGCUUUUUUAAAGCGUAAAGUUACACACUUUAAUGAAAGGUGCCACUCUUAGUUCAACGACCCAGAGUUCAUUGUUGUGUUUAUUCGUAACUCAUUAACCAGCUCGUAAACUAGCUCAUUUUAUAACACCAAUUGUAUCAUUGUGGCCAUUUAAAGUAAAUUGAAGGUGGCUCUUGGUGAGCUUCUAAAUUCAAAGUUCAGCAUGAUUUUAGGACAUCAGUGAAACGAGCAACUCACAAGGCAAACAAAGAUAAAGGUCCUGAAAGGCCAAUAAGGCAACUGCUGCUUUCAGAACCAUUUCCUCAGCUCCACGGAUAAGCAUGAAUGUGUCUUGAAUACACAACCAGAAUGCUCACCUGACAGGUGCAGCUUUACCUGCCAGACAGCGUUUCUCACGCUUACCUGCGAAGAUGGGAUGCUAUUGAAGUGCUGCAUCUUCAGGUGUUAUACAGUCCCACCCCAUAAAGGCACCACCUCGACUAUAAAAGAAGAUUAGAUGUGAACAUUUCAAGUGGAAUCAGGGCAAGUUACUGUCGAUGCAAAGCAGCCAUUUUGUGUAUUGUGUGCAGCACGAAGACACAUUUUUCAAACCUUUGGGUGGGGAGACACUAGUUGAUGCAAAAGACUGACAGGUCAAACCAGAUGCUGCCUACAAUGCCUGGGGAAUUUGCUGCGCCACAUUUGGAAAAACCACUUUUCACUCACAGUGUAAACACAGCAGCACUCCUGAGGAUGCCUGCUAUUGGCCAAAAUGUUUCCAUGACUCUCAAAUUGAAUUAAUUAUCCAUUUUAAAAUGUAUUUUUAGAUGUACACCAAACCCUAAUCUAGCCACUUGGAUAGCCUUGUAUUUCAGCCUAACUUAGCAGAUACAAAUGGUUUGUGUAGUGAUAAGCUCUUUUGCAUUCAGUGUUUUUAUGCGAGACCUUACAGUAUAAUUUUCUCAUUUUGUGCAUUCACACUUUUCUUUCAUAUUUAAAUCAAACUUUUAAUUGUACAGAAACACGCUGCCAGCACACCCAUAUUACCAACAACAGAGGAGAACUUAGUACAGUGGAACCUCAGUUAGUGUCCGCCCUGGUUAGUGGGGGUUUUUUUGGUUAACGUCGAUUUGCAUGCAUUCUCCGGUUAGCGUACAGUAUGGCGCACGUCUUGUUGUGUUAUUAAUACGCUGCGUGAGUCCAUCUGUGUUCUUCAUAUACUGUCUAUAUAUUUUUAAUCAGAAAAUUAGCAUCCAAUUAGCUAACGACCAAAAUGGCAACCAGACGCUGGAAGUUAUGUCGACAGCGGUUAACGCUCCAAAAUGUUAACACAAAACACAUUUUUAGAGUUUUAUAAUUAAAUUUUUAUUGCAUAAAAUAAUUCUAAAUGCAUAUAAAUGAACAUAAAAGGUUAUUUUUACCUUCAUUAAAGGCUACUGUUCCCAAAGACAUGAUGUGGCAGCAAGACACCAAACAGGCACCAUUUUGUCAUGACUUAUUUCUUGAAUUCUAUAGUGUUUCUCACCUUCUUUAUCAACUUGCUGGCACUUGAAACUUUCUUUGGCUUCAUUUUGGGUUACAAUAUUGAGGUGAGGAACACUAUUGAAUUCAAGAACCAAAUCAUGACAAAACAGGAAGGUGGUGGGGGUCGAUCAUGUCUUUGGCAACAGUCGUGAAGAAGUUAAAAGUAACCUCAAAUGUUCAUUUAUCCUUUUCAUUCGUCAUGUAUAUGUAUUUAUAUGCAUUUGGAAUUGCUUUGUGAAUGUCAAACAAUAUUUGUAAAACUAUAAAAAUACUGUAUGUUUGUGUUAACAUUUUUGGCUUUCUGGAACAGCUUAAUAUUAUUUACAUUAUUUCUUUUGGGGAAAAAAAUAUGUUUCAGUCGGACCUUCUGGAACGAAUUUAUGAUGUUAACAAAGGUUCUACUGUAUAUGUAUGACUAAAUGCCCUGUAGGCAGCUGAAGGAGCCCACUGCAUACAGUCCCAAUUUGAGAAGAGUCUCUCUCUACUUGUAAAUGUACAUCCUCAUGUGUGAUAGCCACGUGGCAUUCUGAUUAAAAAAAAAAAAAGGAAAUAACAAAUUGGGGAGCCAGCUCUCAUUUGAUGGCAAUCGGCUCUUCUGAUUCUCUACAAUGGACCGGCUUUUAGAGCCGGCUCUUUUACGCAUUACACAUUUGGCAUCAGCCUCUACUGUCGGGGCCACGUAAUUCAGGCCCAACAAGUUUGCUCCAUAAAGAGGUUGCAGAGGGAAAGGUACACCACUGGAGACAAACGUUUCUGUGCAAUAUUCUCAGCACAACAUAAUGAUCUUUGGGCUAUUGUUUCACAGUUGUACUCUUCUUGAUUAUGUAAUUUAUUUCCAAUGAUUGUAGUAAUAUUAAUUAAAUGCAUUAUGAAUGUUUCUCUUUUUGAAAAUGAGCACUGAAAUCUGACACACUGUGAAAUCUAAAAGCAAGAUGCAAGAUUUUGCAUUGUAGCAAUUAGUUUGUCCAAGUGGCAAAGUUGUAAAAUGGCAGGAAAGGGUUGCCACAUACUUAAAUUAAAGUUGCAAGAUGGUACAAGACUAUUUUGAACUACAGAAUAUUUUUCGUACUACCAAUUAUACAUAAAACACAGAACCACGGAAAGUGAAUGGAGACUAGCAAAGAUCCGUUUUGUAAGAGAGUAAGAUUGCACUCCACUCUUAGCCUCUCUAUUAUUAUUAUUAUUGUUAUACAUCUUAUGAACUCUUACAGUAACACCUUUAUUUUCAAAUAUGAAAGAAAAAAGUUAAGCCACAAGUAUAAGACUAUCACAGUAGGAUGGCUUCAUGGCCUUUCAAAACAUGUGGACAGACCAGACUCAUUCAGCCUGCUUUGUAACCACUCAACUGACUUACCGUUUGUCAAAUAUCCAAUGAUGCAGAGCUCAGUUGAAACUUCGCAAGUUAUAAACGUCUCAAACUCCAAACCAGUUCUGCCUCCCAAGCCUCGACUUGCUCCCAAGCCCUUCUCAGUACAGAACACCACCGUUCACUCCAUCCAUUCCCCAAAGGCUGUUAGUGUGUCAUUCAAGGGAACAGCACCAUCCCAAGCUGGAAAGCCAGCAGCUCCAAAUGUCCUCAAACCCCCUUUGACCAGCCCAGCAACCAAACCACAUCAAGAAAAGUCCACCAGUAUUCCAACAAAAACAUCCAAGGAUGAAUCCAAACCUGUUCCAGUCAAGAAAGAUGUUACCAAAACAAACCACAAAUCAGAAACACAGAUUGUAACUAAUACAGAACUGAAUGUCACAAAGGAGGAAGUCAAGACUCAAGCAACCAAAAAGACAGAAGAAACACAGAGCGGUGAUUCCUCGAAAACCAAUGAAACAUUUCAGUGGGGUGGAACUAGGAAGCGUUUGUCCGUAGAGUUAACCUCAAAGUUUAAUUCUGGUGGUAUCCCUCGGCCUCUUGAACACAACAGAACCACAUCACUAAAGAAAGGAAAAGACCAUGCAAACCAGCCCAAAGCAAAAGUGCCAGAGCCAUCCAUAUCAGUGCACAAAGAAAAAGAUCAGGUCAACCAGCCGAAAGCGAAGGAGCCAGAGCCAACCCUAUCAGUAAACAAAGAAAAAGAUCAUGCCAACCAGCCCACAGUGAAAGUACCAGAGCCAAUCACACCAGAAGAUCAUGCCAACCAGCCAAAAGUGCCAGAGCCAACCACCACAGAAAAUAAAGAAGGUGGACUGACUGAGGAGUCCCAUGGUAGUAGCAGCAUCAAACGCAGGAUCAGUCUUCUCUUUGACUCGGCGUCAAAGCCAGAGGUGACGGUGAAGAGAGGGCAGCCCGAGUUUGGCAAGGAAACAGGUGCUGUCAAGGAACGAAUCAAAAACUGGACACUGGAGACCUGUUUGGAGGGUUCGACCGACCAGAAGUCACAGGUUGGAAGCCAAACGCAGACCAAUAGCUUAAUGCCUGCAACUGCUCCAACACCAGAAAAGACUCACAACCUGCCAUCUGUUGAUCAUCCGGGAUCAGCGACACAAUCUACAGAGUCUGUGGCUCUCUCUGAUGCAACUGAACAACCGCCAACAAAGCAACUCUACACAUCUGAGGGGUCGGAGCUGAAGACAUCAGCAGAAGAUGAUACUCAACCUUUGGCACCUGCUGAUGAGGCCUCCUCAUCUGAUGGUGUUCAAAGGCGCUUUGUUAAAUUUGGUGCCGUGGAAAGAGACGAUGGAGAACCUCCUCUUCCAGUGGGGUCAGAACCUGAAAGAAAAUCAAAUGAGGACGUCAGUCAAUCUGAAGGGAGUGCGCCUGUUUCAGGGCCCAGGCGAGUAGAAACUCCACAGAGGAAUGAUGAGGAGAUUAAUGAGGUGGAGAAACGCAAACAAUUGGAAUUUGAAAAAAAGAGAAAAGCAGAGGAAAGUGAAAAGGAAAGGCUCAAGUUAGAAGAGGAGAAGAGACAACAGCAGGAAGAGAGGGAGAAAGAAAAAUUCAGGCGGAGGAAGGAAGAAGAAGAGUGGCGUAGAAGGGAGGAAUUGGAAAGGGCGAGACAGAUUGAAGCGGAGAGGAGGAGAGCAGAGGAGGAAAAAAGAUUGAGCCUAAAGCAGGAAGAAGAGGAGAGACGGAUAAGGGAGGAACUGGAGAGAGAAAGGCUGAGGGAGGAGGAAGAAAGAAUGAGGUGGAAGAAGGAAGAAGAAGAGAGGCGGAGAAUAGAGGAACUGGAGAGGGAAAGGUUGAGGGAAGAGGAGAGAAGGAGGCAGGAGGAGAAAGAACGAAUAAGGCUGAAGAUGGAAGAAGAAGAGAGGAGGAGAAGGGAGGACCUGGAGAGAGAGAGGCUGAGGGAAGAGGCAAGAAGGAGAGAGGAGCAGGAGAGGGUAAGAAUGAGGCUGAAGAUGGAAGAAGAGGAGAGGAUGAGAAGGGAGGAACUGGAGAGGGAAAGGCUGAGGGAAGAGGAGAGAAGGAGGGAGGAGCAGGAGAGGGAAAGAAUGAGGCUGAUGAUGGAAGAAGAGGAGAGGAGGAGAAGGGAGGAACUGGAGAGGGAAAGGCUGAGGGAAGAGGAGAGAAGGAGGGAGGAGCAGGAGAGGGAAAGAAUGAAGCUGAUGAUGGAAGAAGAGGAGAGGAGGAGAAGGGAGGAACUGGAGAGGGAAAGGCUGAGGGAAGAAAGAAGGAGAGAGGAGGAGAAAACAAGAAUGAGGUUGAAGAUGGAAGAAGAGGAGAGACAGAGAAGGGAGGAACUGGAGAGAGAAAGGCUCAGGGAAGAGGAGAGAAGGCGGGAUGAGGAGAAGAGAAUGAGGCUGAAGCUGGAAGAAGAGGAGAGACAGAGAAGGGAGGAACUGGAGAGAGAAAGGUUCAGGGAAGAGGAGAGAAGGCGGGAUGAGGAGAAGAGAAUGAGGCUGAAGGUGGAAGAAGAAGAGCGUAAGAGAAGGGAGGAACUGGAGAGAGAAAUGCUGCGGGAAGAGGUGAGAAGGAGGGAGGAGGAGAAAGAAAGAUUAAGGCUGAAGAAGGAGGAAGAGGAGAGACGGAGAAGGGAGGAACUGGAGAGAGAAAGGUUGAGGGAAGAAGAGAACGAAAAAAUGAGGUUGAGGGUAGAAGAAGAGGAGAGGCGCAGAAGAGAGGAACAGGAGAGCGAACGGCUUAGAGAAGAGGAGAGAAGGAGAGAGGAGAAAGAAAGAAUGAGGCUGAGGAUGGAAGAAGAGGAGAGGCAGAAACAGGAGGAAUGGCAAAGAGAAAGGCUAAGGGAAGAGGAGACAAGGAGGGAGGAGUUGGAGAAAGGAAGAAUUAGGCUGAAGAAGUUAGAAGAGGAAAGACAGAGAAGGGAGCAACAGGAAAUGGAGAUGAAAGUGCAGCAACAAAAGGAAGAAAUGGAGAGACACAGAGAGGAGGCAAGUACAGAAGAGGUUAGUUGGAGAGAAGAAGAGAGAAGAAGGCAAGAUGAACUGAUGAGGAAGCAGGCACAUGAAAUGGUAGAGAAGCUUAGGAUGGAGGCAGACAGAAAAAGGGAAGAUAAGCGAAACAAGAGCCUGGUUGAUGAAACGGAGCCAUCUUUAAUCACCUUUGACUCUGGAGGUUUACCUCAAACUGCACACAGCCUCUUAACACGAACUGGGAGCGUUUACGAUAACUUUUCAGUCAGUGAGCCUAAGAUUCGGGUGGAUGUUGGUAAUUUUGAUGAUUUUUCGGUGAAGCCAAAGAGAUGGGGCUCGCCGUCUAAAGUAAGUUUGACCACACGGGACACAGUGGCGGAUGUGCAGAUACCCAUUGAUGUUGGCCCUCUGGAAAAAGAAGCACCAGAGAAAGUGAGGACACAAGAAGGCUUUAAGCCAGAUUCAGUCUGGAGAAGCCAUGAGCUGAAAAAGGAAGAGGAGCUGCUUGAACGGGAUGAAGAACCUCAGGUGGUGGAAGAUGAGGAAGUUCAAAUUCAAGAUAAUGCUGAGAAAGAGUGGGAGAGAAGAGGCAAAGUUCACAUACACAAGGAUCCUGUCCACAGUUAUGGUGAAGAUACUGCUGCUUUGAUAGACUAUGAAUCCGACAGGCCACGUACAGCCUAUGAAUGGAGAUCGAGAACUGACCGGACUGUUUUUCAUUCAAGUCCAAAGUCUUUCACCGAUGCACUUCCUGAGGUCUCACUUGAAGAGGUUGAUAAAACGGAUCCAGUGCUGUCUCCUUUCCCUGAGAGCUUUACCCCUCUGCUCGACACGAGUGCACAGAGAUCCAGGGCAGCUCUUAGCAAGAAGCACAGGCGAUCACGUCCAUCACGCUCAAAUCGCACAAGACCAGCUGUGGUAGAAACUCAGGACUGGAGGUUUUGUGACACAACAGAUGGAGAAGAAAGGGAGUCGGACUCUGAGGAGGAGCAGCCUAAACAAAGGGUAGCCUCCUCUCCUCCUGCCUACAGAAAGGUCCCCAUGUUGCCUGGCGUGAGCCCAUUAAGCCUCAUUGCUCAGAUGAAAAGGAGAGCAGAAGGAAGAGAAGAGACUGAAGAGGAGAGGGACGGUGAGGACAAAGAAAGUCCAAAUGAUGCAGUGGAGCCAUCAGCUGCCUUGCAACUGCCUGUCUCUCCGCGCCUUCCUGCUCGUCUUGCUGGAGCCGCACGAGUACUUCCACCCUUAGGUGUCACAGAUGCAGGUGCUAUAGCAUCUCCGGCGUGGCUCACAGAAUUGAAGUCGAAGAAGCGUAUCAGUCAACAUGAAGGGGAGUAGUGUCUGAGCAGUAUGCAGGAGCAACCACCACGCUGCUAGGAAAGAAUCCCUCCAUGUCAGAUGUUGCUGCAGAGAGACACCUCACCAAGGUCUUCAUUUUGCACUUAGAGUGCCUAUUUUGUACAUUUACUGAAAUAUGCAAAAAAGGAAAUUCAGGCGUUUGUGGAAUACAUUGAACACUUUUUGUCUUGUAAAUGAUUUGUUGCCAAGGCUAUGGGCCAUGAUUGUUUUUUUGUUAAUACCAAGUUCAUGUUUGAAGGUAAUUAUGGACAGACUGUGCAUACACAUAUGCACAUACAGUAUAUAAGACAGCACGAUAAUAUAAUGAUGUACAAAGCUAUACAACAAAGCAUGUGAUCACGUCAACCAGCUUACAGGAGAUUUAGUAAUGUUUUUAUGCUACCGGACUGUAUGAAUGUGUUUAUCUGCUUGAGAUUAAGUGCCUUUGUUUUCUAAUGGACAAAACGACCACCAUCAACAACUCAUUUCAUUCAGUUGAAA